CUCAAGCCGGCAACCAUGGCGCUCCAGGCGCCAGGCUGCGCCAUGGCCUCGCGCUUGUCGCCCUGGUCGUCACCCGCGUCGGCGCCCUCGGCGCCCUCGGCGCCCUCGGCGCCCUCGGCGCCCUCGGCGCCCUCGGCACGCCGGGUGCCCAAGGCCUUCGCGGCCUCCGCGCCCGUGCUGUGCGCACUGGUGUUGGCCGCGCCACUGGUGCGGCGGCGGCGUGUGCAGCUGCGGGCCAAGGACCCGAGCCAGCUGGGGCACAAAAUCAAGCAAUGGGGGAAGCCUGGCGAUGUCAUGGAGAUAGGCUUGAUGAAGCCGAAGGCGAAGAAAACCAAGGAUGAGGCAGCAGAUUUAAGCGUGGGUGAGAUCCGGCACUUGCAGAUCAGGCACACUCAGAUCUCCGCUUUGAACAAUUUCCUGCGGCAAAGACACAGGCAAAGCGGCAAGAAGUCCAUCACUCCCCAGAUCCUCUACACGGAGCGGCCCGACAACCCCUGGCGGGACCGAUAUUUGUUGUGCCAGGACUGCGAGCGGCGGGUGGACUACAAACACGGCCAGCCCGCGGAGGAGUGCAACAACUCCACGCUUUUGGAGUUGGACAUGACGGCACCCUUCUCGCGGGACAAUGUGAUGGUGACCAGCUGCCAGCUGGUGCAGAUGAUCCGCGAGGACUGGUGGGCGAUGAAAGACGAGCACGGGAAGCUGCAGAAGGCUGCGGAGAAGCGCGCCCCCGCGUUUCCUGUGCAGGUGUGCUGCGUCUGCCGCAAGACUACGCUGGACGAGGAACGCCGCUUCAAGAUGUGCCAGGUGUGCGAGGGGGUCUUCUACUGCAGCGAAGCUUGCUAUGCGGAGCACAACCUCAAGCACCAAGCUUCCUGCGUGAGGCCGCACCUGCCCUUUCGCGGCCAGUGGGGCAUCCGCAAGGAGCUGAGGGCCAUGCGCCAGGAGAUUUAUCCCAUGAUCAACACCUGGGCCAUCCGUGCUCCGGAGAAGCACCGCGUGGCCUGGCUACCUCCGCCGGAGCACCAGCAGCGGCUGUUGGAUGCCCAUCGCCCCAAGAAGCGCGUGAGCCUCCCAGGGGGCCAGCGGUGGAAGAAGCUGCUGCCGGCGGAGGGUCUGGCCCGGACCAGCGUGGAGGGUGGGAAGAUCGUGGUGCGGAAGGCUGCCUUGGCCUUUGGCAGGCAGCGCAGUGCAAAGAAGCAGGAGGAGCCGGACCAAGCUUUUCUAGACAUGAUUGGCAUGACCAAGGAGGAGUACAUGAAGAAAGACCUCGCGCUGCGUGCUCAAGUGGACAACGAGGAGGAGGAAUUGGGGAUCACCAUCCAGGUGGAAGAGCCCAAGGAGGACAAGGAAGACUUGACCCUUCCUUUGCAGCUCUUUGGGGGCAAGAAGGUGCGCCCAAGGACCACACUGCGGGGCAAUCAGAUCCCCACUCCGGUGCGGGAGGUCCCACAGGUGGUUCUCGACGAAGGCGCGCUGGCGAGGGUGGAGGAAGCCGUGGCGAGUGGCGAGAUCGUGGACAUCGACGAGCGGCAGUUCGCCCCCACGCGGCCCAUCUGGGAGAUCCCCAGGGAGGGCCAGGCCGAGAAGUUCUGGACGCCCCUGCCGCAGGAGAAGAAGAAAGAAGGUGUCCAGUACCCCGAGUCGCCGGUGCGGGAACUGGCAAAGAAGUACAAGGUGAAGUUCUCCGAGGAGGCCUUGCAGCGCUUGGAGGAGGCAGCGGAGAAGGCGGAGCACAACCGCCACAGGAUUAGCUGGCAAAAGCCAAUGCUGCAAGAUGAUGCGGAGGAGAAGCUUUGGUGAGACA